GGGGCGCUUAACCUGCUGAGCCCCCCAGGCGCCCGUAUCUUGCCAUUUUAAAGGGUAGUCUUUAUUAAUGAGUCAGUGAAGGCAGAAGUGUUCCAUAAUACUUAGCUUUCACAGACUUACCAUUCAUUGGUGUUGAAAUGGGAAAAAAAAUUAUCGCCUGGGUUUAGUUUCGUGGUUCUUUUCGGUCACGACAAAUGGAUGGUAGUGUUGAAAAACUGUUGGUGUCAGAGACUGAAGCCUACUUUUCCCUCAACCCUGGACUGGCCCUGGGACCCUGUGAGUUCCCUCAGCCCCAGAUAGAUGGACACGAUUCCUUCUCUGUGGUGCCUUCUGAGCCUCCUGCUUUACUUUCUUGCCUCUUUUCCAUAGUCUCUGCGAGGAUGAGCUUGCGUAAACGAGUAUGAAACUGCCUGGGCUGGAGGAGGUUGUGUGUGGAGUGAGUGUCCGGCUUAUGUUUCAGUCUAUCCUUCAGAGGAGAUGGACACAGGUUACACGUAGCUAAGGGCAGAAGACAGCAUUAUUUCAUUUCUUGGUGCCCGGCUUGGGAAAUAAAAACUGAACGUAGGCUGGGGCUCUGAGAGGGAUGUAUUAAAGAUUAGAUCACAGUCUUUUAUCGAGUACUUGCCAUGUGCCAGACAGGAAGUAUUUCGUGUGAGCUGACUUCCUUAAACCUCAAAAUACUGUAUGGAGUAGGUGCCAUUAUUACGUUCGUUUUACAAAAGAGGAAACUGAGGCCUGGAGAAGCCGAGUGACUUUCCCAAGGUCACAUAGCUAGUAGGGGACAGGAAGAUAACUCUGAUGGUGUCCAGUGGAAACACCUCAUCCCCAGACCUGAGAUACCCUCCUCCCUGGGGAUUUUACUGACUCAAGGAAAGGGACCGGAGUGCAGCUGUUGCCGCCCCUGUAGACGGGGGGGGGGUAUGAGAAAUCAUAGCAUUCUCCAUUCUUUCUCGAAUAGUUUCCAGAGGUCUUCCAGCCUUGGCUAGAACGCCUCAAAGGAUUAAGGAAUUUAGUCUGUCUGGAGGCAGCCCUACUUCUGGGCAGCCUGGAGUGAUGGAAAAGUCCACCCAGCCUCUCCUGACUGACUGUACGUCGCUUUGGAACUAGAUUUCUCCCUCCUGCUUGAGCAGAUCGGGGACCCUGUGUGAGUUGCCUUCCUACUGGCCGAGAGAUCAGGGAAAGGCCAUCUCGCUCAUUUCUGCUGCCUCUAGCUUUGUGGCGCGUGAAACCAGAGUCCUCUCGAGAGGAGGAAGUAGGAAGGCAGGGAUGAGAGGUCGGGGCAGUCUGUCGUGCAGGGGGAGUCAUCUGUGAACUGACAAGUGACUUCUCACAAACCUACUAGGUAUCCCCCCUCCUUACCUGCCAGACACGGAGAUUUGAGGCACGUCUUUACCACUCCGCAUGAACACGUUUCCUCGGGGAGCCAGAGAGGGUGCUGGGAAGAACCCAGAGGAGUUCAAGGUGUGGUCCCUGCCUCCGUGUUUCUGACAAGAUCCGAGGGGCAGGAUUUAACCACAUGGCAUAGUUGCGUCCCACCAUUCCCUUAAAUGCUAAAAAGGGGCCAGAGCAGCUCAGGGGAAGAUUAAUGAGGAUCAUUUUUGCCUUUUUCGAAAACAUUUCUGUCGUGUUGUCUCCGGGUGAAUACGUGUGCUUGUCUUCCGCCUGCAGGUUCAUCUCCCAAGAACAAUGAGGAAACUCCGUGUAAAUCCCAGCUGGGUUGAGAAUGGGCAGGAUGGCCUCAAUUAGGAGCACACGCGUGUGCUCUCCUGCUGGGGUCUCCCAUUUGCCUGGUGGAAGGAGACCAGGAAGGAGAGCUUUUCUUCUCUGCACUGUUUCUUACCAGUGUCGAAUGGUUUCCUUUCACUGAGGUUGUAACUGAGGAAUCAGGUCGGCCAGCAGACAUGAUGAGCACCAAGGCCUUCACGUUGGUCUCUGCCGUGGAGCGGGAGCUGCUGGUAGGUGACAAGGAGCAGGGGCACAUCGAAUGCGUGGAGUGCUGUGGCAAGAACCUGUACGUGGGCACCAGUGACUGCAUCGUCUACCACUUCCUGCUGGAGGAGAGGGCGCAGCCUGCAGGGACGGCCACGUUCUCUGCCACCAAGCAGCUGCACCGGCACCUGGGCUUCAGGAAGCCAGUGAGUGAGCUGCGAGCGGCCUCGGCCCUCAACAGGCUGCUGGUGCUCUGUGACAACUCCAUCACCCUGGUCAACAUGAUGACCCUGGAGCCUGUCCCCUCGGGGGCUCGCAUCAAAGGGGCCGUGGCAUUGGCCUUGAACGAGAACCCUGUGAGCGGAGACCCGUUCUGCGUGGAAGUCUGCAUCAUCUCGGUCAAGCGCAGGACCAUCCAGGUGUUCCUGGUGUACGAGGACCGGGUUCAGAUCGUCAGGGAGGUGUCGACGCCGGAGCAGCCCCUGGCCGUGGCUGUGGAUGGCCACUUCCUGUGCCUGGCUCUGACCACCCAGUACAUCAUCCUGAACUACAACACGGGCGUCGCCCAGGACCUGUUUCCUUACUGCAGCGACGAGAAGCGACCCAUCGUCAAGAGGAUCGGGAGACAGGAGUUCCUCCUGGCAGGCCCCGGAGGACUGGGCAUGUUUGCCACGGUUGCCGGUAUAUCUCAGCGAGCCCCCGUGCACUGGUCGGAGAACGUGAUUGGGGCAGCCAUCUGCUUCCCGUAUGUCAUAGCUCUGGAUAACGAAUUCAUCACCGUGCACAGCAUGUUGGACCAGCAGCAAAAGCAGACCCUGCCCUUUAAGGAGGGCCACAUUCUCCAGGAUUUUGAAGGAAGAGUGAUUGUCGCCACAAGUAAAGGAGUUUACAUCUUGGUUCCGUUACCCCUGGAAAAGCAAAUACAGGAUCUUCUAGCAAGCCGUCGAGUGGAAGAGGCUUUGGUUUUAGCCAAAGGAGCCCGGAGGAACAUUCCAAAAGAAAAAUUUCAGGUAAUGUACAGAAGGAUUCUGCAGCAGGCGGGGUUCAUACAGUUCGCACAACUUCAGUUUCUGGAAGCUAAAGAGCUCUUCAGAAGCGGCCAGCUUGACGUCCGGGAGCUGAUCUCUCUCUACCCCUUCCUGUUGCCCACCUCUUCCUCAUUCACACGGUCCCACCCUCCUCUCCAUGAGUAUGCAGACCUGAACCAGCUGACCCAGGGGGACCAGGAGAAGAUGGCCAAGUGUAAGCGCUUCCUCAUGAGCUACCUGAACGAAGUCCGCAGCACAGAGGUCGCAAAUGGCUACAAAGAGGACAUCGACACGGCCUUGCUCAAGCUGUACGCGGAGGCCGACCACGACAGUCUGCUGGACCUCCUGGUCACCGAGAACUCCUGUCUUCUGACGGACAGCGCUGCUUGGCUCGAGAAGCACAAGAAGUAUUUUGCACUUGGACUGCUCUAUCAUUAUAAUAACCAAGACGCUGCGGCAGUGCAGUUAUGGGUGAACAUUGUGAACGGGGACAUUCACGACUCCACUCGCUCAGACCUAUACGAAUAUGUCGUUGAUUUCCUUACCUAUAGCUUAGACCAGGAACUUGUGUGGAAGUACGCUGAUUGGGUCCUGCAGAAAAGUGAGGAGGUUGGAGUUCAAGUUUUCACCAGGAGACCUUUGGAUGAACAGCAGAACAGUUUUAAUCCCGACAGCAUUAUCACUUGCCUUAAGAAAUACCCUAAAGCCCUUGUUAAGUAUCUGGAACAUCUGGUCAUGGACAGGAGACUGCAGAAGGAAGAGUACCACACACACCUGGCGCUCCUCUACCUGGACGAGGUGCUGCAGCAGAGGCCCGGCGCCAACAGCAAGGGUGCGGAAGCGACGGAGACUCAGGCGAAGCUGCGACACCUGCUCCAGAAGUCUGACUUGUACCGAGUCCACUUCCUGAUAGAUAGAGUCCGGGGCGCCGGCCUCCCCAUGGAGAGCGCCAUCCUGCACGGCAAGCUGGAGGAGCACGAGGAGGCCCUGCGCAUCCUGGUGCACGAGCUGCGGGACUUCUCGGCGGCUGAGGACUACUGCCUGUGGCGCUCCGAGGGCAGAGACCCGCCGUACCGGCAGCGGCUCUUCCACACGCUGCUGGCCAUGUAUCUCCAGCCCGGCCCCUCCGUGCCCGAGCUGGCCGUGGCCGCCACGGACCUCCUGAACCACCACGCAGCCGAGUUCGACGCCGCCCGCGUCCUGCAGCUGCUGCCGGGCACCUGGUCGGUGCAGCUCCUGCGCCCGUUCCUGACCGGGGCCGUCAGGGACAGCGUGCACACCCGGAGGACCACUCAGGUGGCCGUCGGCCUGGCCAAGUCUGAAAACCUGAUCUACAAGUACGACAAGAUGAAGUUGAAAGGAAGCUCAGUUCGGCUUUCGGACAAAAAGCUCUGCCAGAUGUGCCAAAAUCCCUUUCGUGAGCCCGUGUUUGUUAGGUAUCCAAAUGGUGGUCUCGUCCACACCCACUGUGCUGCCGGCAGACACACGAACCCCAGCCCCCCCGGCCCUGGCGCACGGACUUGAGGAGGCCCACCCGAGGGCGUGAGAAGGACCCUGAGCUCUUUACCAAGCCUGCUGGGUGCAGAGAGCAGAAGCCGCUGCACUUGUGCCAGCCAGGACGAAGGGGUGACAUCUGGGUGCUGGGGAGACGUCGGUCAACGUGAAACAGGGGCUCUUCACUGCUGACCACUCUACAUUGAAUGUAAAUGGAAAAUCCCACAAAUAGAGACAUGUUAGGGUUCGCCCGUCCCGGUACUUUGUAAUCCAAAAAGAAUGCCUACUUUGAGAGAAAAAUGAGCCUUCUCUCUGCAGUGUGGACAUCCUGGAUUCCCCCACUCCGGUGCCCUAGUCUCCAGAUGUGCAUUUGCACUGGGAACGUGCUCCAGGGUGGCACAGGGAUGAAUAGCUCGCUCGGCAGGGUGAGGAGCCGCACGGUUGUGAGCAGGGGUUGGGGGGGAGGGGGGCUGUCUGUUUCCAGGAUUACCUCGUGGGCUCCGCCUUUGCCCUUAGCUGACCUUGGGGAAAUCUUUUUGUUCUUUCUACUUCCCGUGUGACUCUCAACCCCUAAAGGAUUCUGCCUUGUUUACCCGAGCACCCCCUUUCGGGGGAAUUUGUACGCUUCUGGCUGCCUCGCCAGUGAGGACCUGUCGGAAAACGGUGUAGCCCCAAGAGAGAAGCCGCUCGCCCCAUCUGUAAGAGGACAGUGGACGGGAGACCUGUGGCAGGUGAGGGCCCAGGUUUCGGUCCCUGUACCGUCACAACACCUGCCAAUUUGAAACUCCGCAAUUGACAUGUUUGACUAAAAAGUUUUAUUUGAAGUUCUGUCAUCUCUGCAGUUUUUCUCUUGUUUAGAAAUUCAUCCGUCAUAUCCGUUAGGGACUUUUUUUUUUUUUUCCUUGUUAAAAUGUACCUCCUACUGAACACUCGGGAAAUUAAAAGGGAAACGUUACGAGCACAAGCCGAGCAGAAUUUCAGGAGAGGCCGGUUUUAACCUCACACCCUCAGCAGGACGGGCAGCGGUGACAGCUGCCUUCGCCCGUGACCGAGAUGUCUGUCAUCUUUCCUGCCGGGUGCUUCUGCACACCCCGAUGAGGAAGUCCAGUCAGGCUGCCUUACCUCCCAGCACUUUACACGCCUGCUCUGAGGUUUCCUGAACUCACAGGAGGAGUCCCUCUUGUUCACCACAGACUGAGUCAUUUUGUGUCUCCGCCUAACGUCGUGGAGGAGCCGAAGCCGUCCCUCCUUCGCUGCCCUGUUUUGAAUUUCAUCGUUGGGAUUAAUGAUUCUAUUAAGAACUAACACUAGACACUUGUACCCCCCUGCUGUAGCGUUAGGGAAACAAGCAUUAGCUCGUGUGUCACAGGAGAGGACCCUGGAACAGAGCCUCUCUCCGUCGGCCCGGGCCUCACAGAGCGGGGGUGAAGUGCUCCUUGUCCGUUGUCUGAACAGUGCUCUCCUGUACUAAUAAUGGUCAGUAUUCUUCGUCCUUCUGUGAUUCCGAGUGGCCCAAGAAAGCAAAGGCGCCUCCGCGUUCUUCCUGUGUCUCCGUCUAAAGAAUAAAUGAAGAAACUCUUGCAACUCAGCCACACACUGCGUACGUGGGGAUGAAGCCCAAGUCCGGUCAUGAGUUUGACAGCUUGACCCUGUGGAUGACUGUUCCGGGAUGGUCAUAUUACUGUGCACGUUAUGGUUACAACUCACGAGCUCAUGUUUAUUCCUUCAAGAACAAGCCCCGAGCACGUACCGUGUCACACUUCCAAAAGCGCUGUUUCGCUGGACAUGACGUGGGUAAAAUCUUGAGAGCACCUUGUGAUUGCUCAUUCCUAACUUGGGGACACUAGUCUCUGCUCUCUCCGAACACUGGUCGGUUUUUUUUGAAACGUUUCUCAUCCUUUAGAAUGACGGGGAUUAAAGCUGAGUGGCCUCCUGUGUUCAGAACCGUACCUCGUUCUCCUCUUUCUCUGAUGUCCACGGGCCCUUUUUUGCAAAUCAGAUUUUUAAAAUACAUAGUUCUCUCUAAAGGCCUGCUGUUUUGUGACUGUGCCAUUGAGUGGAACAAUUAGAACAUUGCUCAGCCCUUUUCUCCCCUCAUUAGGUUCCGUGUAGCCAUUCUAGUUAAAACAGCAUGAGCCGAACCCAGUUGGCAUUAAUAUUCGAGGGGCAAUACUGUUAGAUUUUAUGAACUGUUUCUCUGCUGUUGCCCCGCAGGUGUUCAUAUGGGCGUGUCCUGUAGGGUGUGGAGCAUUGGGCCUGAGCUCAGAGCAGGAUGCCUCCUGCCAUGACCUUGGUGAGUGCAGAGCAGCUCAGGAGGCUGUGGGGUCACACCAUCAAACCCAUGCCCGUCGCACAAUGAAGGUAGCCCUUGCUUUUCGCUUGUUCUCCUACAGAAACUUUUGUCCUUGCAACUUUAUCCUUCACCCCUGGUCGGGUCCCAAAUACACAAGAUGUACAAAUGUAAACUUGUUGAUUUUAUUAAAAUUCUUUUAAUUCUU